AUGGAUUCCUUUAUAUUAUAUGGUCAAUCAGAAAUUAAUCUCGUGAGUUGGAAGAAAAAUUAUCACAAAAAAUCACUUUGCUUUGGAACUCCGCGUGACAAUGUUGAUGUUGUUGCAUGGGAGUCUUUGAAAGUCGAGCAAUUGUUAAGAAUUUUCACUCAUUGGACAUUUACAAAUUGUAAAAUAUUAAUUCUAAACUUCAUGUUGUUAAUCUGCUAUUGGAGUUCUAGCAAUCAUCAUAAAAUGUCUGACAAACUUAAAUAUACAAUUUCGUAUCAUGUCUCUUGA